AUGGGAUAAGAAUAAUCUAAUCUGCCUUCAAAUAAUUUGGUUGUUUAAUUACACAUGCAGAAUUAUGAAAAAUUGACUAAAUUAAUAGAAUAGAAAUUAUCUGAUUAAACAUUCACAAUUGAUAAAAGAAUAAAUCAAAUGGAUGAUACACUUCUCCACUAUGCAGCUUUUAAAAGAGACAAAAAAUUAGUAUAAUUUUUACUAUCAAAAGGAGCUUCAAUUCAUUGCAAAAAUUCGAGGAAUCUUACUCCUGGGGAUGUUACAGAUGAUCAAGAAAUAAAAUUAAUGCUGGAAAGCAAAUGA